AUGAACACGUCAAAGUUGUAUGUAUUUCAACGUACACCUGCCUGGGUCAUUCCUCGUAUCGAUCGACCUAUACAUGCAUGGGAAAAACGCCUCUUUAUGAUGUUUCCCAUUAUUCAAAAAUUCAUUCGAGGAAUCAUCUAUUGGAUAUAUGAAUCGACUGCACUUUCGUUUACUUACCGAUUACCAAUUCGACAUAUCUGUCAAGAAUUAAUCAAUUAUAAUCUUAUUAGACAAGUUAAAGAUGAAGAAUUAAGAAGGAAAUUGGCACCGUCAUUUGAUGUUGGUUGUAAACGAGUUUUAGUUAGCAAUGAUUGGUAUCCAACAUUGCAAAAGCCCAAUGUGUCGCUUGUUACUAGCCGAAUACGAGAAGUGACAUCGAAUUCAAUUGUUACUCAAGAUGGUAAUGAAUAUCCUGUUGAUAUUAUCGUUUGGUCAACUGGAUUUCAAGUGCACAAAAUUCCAUUUGAAAUUUUUGGCUCAAACGGUGUUGCACUUUCCGAACUAUGGGCAGAAAGUAUUCAGGCCUACCGUGGUACGACUAUGCCUAACUUUCCUAAUUUAUUUUUAAUCCUAGGUCCGAAUACAAGUUUUGGUUAUAAUACGACUGUAUUCAUGAUCGAAGCGCAAUUGAAUUAUAUUAUGGAAGCGCUUCUAUUCAUGCAAGAAAGUAGUGCAAGUUCCAUAUUGGUCAAGCAAAAUGUUUUUGAACAAUACAAUCAACAGUUACGAUCAAAACUGAAAAAUACAGUGUGGCAAUUGGGUGGCUGUCAUUCAUAUUACUACGAUGCUCAUGGGAAUAAUAUAGGAAAUUGGCCGGAUUUUACAUGGAUUUACUAUUUACUUAUGCGAAAUUUUGAUCAUAAAAAUUAUCAUAUUACAAAAACGUCAUAUGAUACAUCGUUUUAG